AUGAAAUUUGUUGCACUUAUAUCUGGAGGCAAAGAUUCCUGUUUUAAUAUUAUUCAUUGUUUAAAACAGGGCCAUGAAUUAGUCGCACUGGCAAAUCUUCAUCCUAUUGAUAAAUCUCAACAAGAAUUGGAUAGUUUUAUGUUCCAAACUGUUGGUCAUGAUAUCGUUCCAUACUAUGCAACAUGCACAGGAUUACCUCUGUAUCGUAAGGAGAUUCAUCCUUUUGGAUCUAAAAAUGUAGAAUUAAACUAUACUCCGACUGUUAGUGAUGAGAUUGAAGAUCUAUACGAAUUGUUGUCCCAAGUGGUUAGAGAAAAACCUGAUGUUGAAGCAGUAAGUGUAGGUGCCAUCCUUUCAUCAUAUCAAAGAACUAGAGUUGAAGAUGUCUGUGCAAGAUUAGGGUUAGUUGUAUUGAGUUACUUGUGGCAGAGGGAUCAGUUAGAACUUAUGCAAGAAAUGUGUCAGGCUUCUCAAACGGAUACACCAGGUGACUUUGAAGCAAGACUAAUUAAAGUAGCCGCCGUAGGACUAGACCAGUCGAGUCUUGGCAAAACUUUACCGGAGGUUUUUCCAACUCUGAUGAAAUUACACAAUAUGUACGAUGUUCAUAUUUGUGGUGAAGGUGGUGAAUUCGAAACUAUGGUAUUAGAUGCGCCCUUCUUCUCCAAGGGUCGCUUAAAACUUUUGUCAAAGCAAGAUUCACCCUCAGAUGAGAACGAUGGUGUUUAUAAUACUAGAUUAAAUGUGGAAUUUGAAGAGAGACAAUUGUCAAAUGCAGAUUUACAAGCACAUUUAGAUGCUUUACCACAACCGACAUUAUUGAAUGACCAAUGGCAAGAGCUAUACGAUCAUAUGGGGGAGAUACCCAUCGGCGGAUCAGAUUCCAUUGAAGCAAAUUUUAAAAAUGAAAUCUCCUACGAUAUCUCUGUGAGUAGAGUGGGGAAUUUGCUGACCGUUUCGAACCUCUAUUCGAAUGCUACAACGUUAGAGGAGCAAAUGCAAGACAUUUUCAAACAACUAGAUGAUAUUUUGAAAAAAAACAGAACUAAACCUUCACAAGUGCUUCAUUGUACACUAAUCUUGGAUGAUAUGUCCCUUUUCCCUCAAGUCAACCAAAUUUAUUCCAGUUAUUUUGACGUUAUAAAGAACGGACCAUUACCACCAGCACGGGCAUGUAUUUCUUCGAUGUUAGGUAACGGUUCGUUGGUUCAAAUGUCACUACUAUUAGAUGUCUCAGUGGAUCACGAAAGGAAUAAAAAUGGAUUGCACGUUCAGGGUCGCUCAUAUUGGGCUCCCAGUAACAUCGGACCUUACUCUCAAGCCAUUUGGCUCAAGGAUGAUUGCAAUAAAACUGCAUUUAUUAGUGGACAAAUCGCACUAGAACCAGCUACUAUGACCUUGGCCAUGAACGAUGCAAAAUUACAAGCACCUCUUUCUUUGAAGCAUUUUGAUACAUUGAAAACCACAAUAAAUACUCCGAAUCAGCUUUUUAUGACAUGUAUGGUGGAUGACAAUAGCGUAGUUCCCACAAUUUCUAGGGUUUGGUCACUUUAUUGUUCAGAAAUGGCCUAUGAAUCAGAUUUAUGGAUGAACAAAUCGGAUGAUCCGCAAGAAAUUUUGAUCAUUGCUCAAGUGAAUCAAUUACCUAAAGGAGCGCUGUGUGAAUGGAGUGGAGCUGCAUGUCAAGAGUUAGUUGUGGAGGACGAGGAUCAAGAUGAAUGUACCCAGGAGCUGAAAAAGUUGUCACUAAGUGAUUCCAAGGAAAUAACCGUAAAGAAUUCCAAAGAUCAAAGGCAGUUCAUCACUGGAUUCGCAAAAAAUCUGGACCAACUCCUUCAAGCAUUGGACGCAUUGCCCAGAUCCUCUAAAGUGACGCUGUACUGUCAUCCAACUGAUAUGUCACGUGACCAUGGAGGUACUAAUAUUGAAUAUUUCCCAGUAUACAGGGUUUUCGAUUAUAAUGGCCAAUGCCAUCGUUAUGCAUAUCAAGCAAUUGUCUGGAAUGAAUAA